AUGAAGGAUCCUAGGUUCAACUGUGAGAUUGAUCUUCGGACGGGGUACAAGACCCGGAGUAUGCUGUCCAUGCCCAUCAAGGAACCCGGUGGAGAGGUGCUGGGCGUGGCUCAAGUCAUCAAUAAGAUUGGUAGUAAGGACCAACAUGAAGCCUUCACAGACAGUGAUGAAAAGGUAUUUGCCCAGUAUCUCCAGUUCUGUGGAAUCGGUAUCAACAAUGCCAGGCUUUACGAGAGGGCAACAUUAGAAAUUAGGAGAAAUCAGGUUCUACUGGAGCUAGCCAAGACGCUGUUUGAAGAGCAGAGUACGCUCUCCAGCAUCGUGAGACGCAUCAUGGAGCUUCUUCUAUCACUACUACGGUGUGAACGCUGUUCCAUUCUUAUGGUAGACGAGUCGUCAAAGGUACACAUGCCGCAAAUAGGAAUGGAAGCGGAAACGAAGGAUUGGGUAAGUUACCCCCAUUUUAAAAAGAAAGAAGAGAAGAAAAAAAGAAACCCUUUUAUAAUUCCUCUGCAUCCUGAUAUUUUCUUUGGAAUUAUUUAUUUCUUCUCUGGCCUCGCCUAACCCGUAAUGCUU